AUGCCACACCUACGGGCAGAAGACCCGGACAGCGCCCUCAGCGGCGUGGUCAUUGGAAUACUGUCUUCCUUUGGCUCCUUCUUCAUUAUCCUCCUUAUCUUCCUGUUCGUCUACUUUCUCCGAUACACAACACCCGGUCGCAUCUUCCUCGACCGGAUCGGUCGGCCCGGUGAAUAUGACGACGAACAGGCCUUCAUACGAGAGGAAACUGAAGCACUCGAGACGAUGGACGACAUGCAGCGGACAGAAUACCUGCGCGCCAAAGCGUUUGUCGCGGCGAACCCUCCAGAAUCCGUCCAGACCGACAUUUCUCUCUCCCAGUAUCUCGCCAUCCAAGAAAAAGGCGUGGCCGCCUGGGAGUUUGAACCGGAAUUGGAGAUCGCCAACUGCUUCGUCGAGGCGCGGACCGAGAUUGAGUUCUUUGACUCCGAAUGCACCGUCAUGAGCAACCUGCCCGUGCCAAAACAGAACGAGGUGUACUAUUGGGAGGCCAAGAUCUACGACAAGCCCGAUAACACACUACUCAGUAUCGGCAUGGCGACAAAGCCGUACCCUCUCUUCCGAUUCCAUAAGUUCUCCGCAGCAUACCUGUCAUCCGGCACACGCCGCUACAAUCAGCCAUUCAAUGCGACACCAUACGGACUGCCGUUUGUGCAAGGCGAUGUCAUCGGUGUUGGCUAUCGUCCACGAACGGGCUCGAUCUUCUUCACACGCAACGGAAAGCGACUGGAGGAUAUUACCCACGGCCUCAAGUCCCAGAACUUCUUCCCGGCCGUGGGCGCCAACGGCCCUGCCAUUGUCCACGUCAACUUUGGCCAGGCCGGUUUUGUGUUCAUCGAGGCCAACGUCAAGAAGUGGGGCCUUGCCCCGAUGACCGGCUCCCUUGCACCGCCGCCACCAUAUGGCUCUGAGCAGGGCAGCAUUCUUCUGGAGACUGGCAGCAAAGACGGAUUCACGAGCGCAGCUGCUCCGCAACGGGGCCACGGCUACAGCCAGUCUGUCCAGACGUACUCAACCAACCGCAACAAUGCUUUCGACCCAGGACAUGGCCGCUCUCGGUCUGGCAACUUCCGCAUGCUGCCGCCAACUAGCCCGGGCCCCGCGCGAAGCCCGACUGAUAUUUCACUUGCCCAACUCGUACCGACAGAUAAUGCCGGAGAAGGUAGCAGUAGUGCAGCAGCAGCGAACGGCGAGAGCAGGAUUGGCCUUGGUCUGCAAGAUCAAGACUUGACGCCACCACCUCAGUACUCGAGUCCACCACUAUCCGACAGUGGCAGCCGUCGCAACAGUACAGACAGCGAAGACACGCCCCUGAUUCGCGUUGGCCGGAGCCGUGGAGCAUCGGCCGCCACACCCGUUCGCAGCAACAAUCCUGCUCGCCGGAUGCCUCGCCAUUCGAUUGGCGGACCGCCCAUUCCGAGCUAUAACGAUGCCUUGCGGCAAGGCGCCGGUCAGCAAGGCGCCAGUCCAGAUCGCAGCAACAGUGCCCUAUCCGGGAGGUAA